UGUAGUGCAACUGCAUUGAUGAUGUCGAAGAUACCUGUUCACAAAUCAUUGUUGGACUUUGGAUUAUGUAGAGUGUCAGGCUACAAAUCUACUUGCAAUGCUCAAAGAUAUAUCCGAUCCUGACAAGCCCAGGGUACAAGAUACUGUUCCAGGACAAAAUAAUUCCAGUGCAAGGAACGUCAUUAGAGGAAAAAGAAGAGUCAGUCUAUUUAAAUUGGAUAUUUCAAAAAGUUUGGUACCUACAGUUAAUUUAAAUUAACUUUCCAAAGAUGAUCUAAUGCACCCCGAAGCUAGAAA